UGGUAAAAGAGUGAAAUUUAUAAUUUACGGAGUAUAAUAAAAAGAGAUGGGAAAAAAUGUAGAGAACGGAAUGUCAAAACAACCAAAACAAAAGAGUAAAAUAACAAAGAGUAAAAUUGAAGAAGAAAGCAAAAAAAAGUCACGAAUAGAACUAUGCAUUGGCAGCUUCAUGCCAAAGGAGAGCAACAACAUUUCUCCAGCAGACCAGCAGUUCACCAGAGGAGUAGCUUUUGCUGACAUAUGCGUCCAUAGUCCCUUGAAGAGUUAUCCAGCGUUAAAGCAGGGUGCGGUGGCCGGUGGUGGACGGCGGUCACCAGCUCCCGACGGCGGAUGGAGGCUCCCAGCGGUGGUCGCCAGCUCCUGAUGGCGGAUGGCGGCUCCAGGCAGCUGUUGCGGCAGCUCCAAGCGGCGGUCGCCAGCUCCCGAUGGCGGAUGGCGGCUCCAGGAAGCAAUUGCGGCAGCUCCCAGCGGUGGUCUAUAAAAUUGAUGGUGGCCGAUGGAUGAAUCGAUUAAUGCAUUUGCUAAUUGCGGAGUACACCUUCUCCUCUUCUCAUGUAGUGAAUCGGGCGCAGGGGGUCGGGGACUCACCUUUUGUACGGAACUGGAGAGAGAGUUUGUUGCCUCAGCCCACGAAGACUACUCCGUAUGAAUGCAGGGGAUCGAACUUCGGGAACGCCGAUAGGAGCAGGUAUACGACAAGGGGGUGUACUAUUUCCACAGUUUGGAAUUGGCCAAGUCUCAUUCGGUGACUACGGAAGAACAAGGUGAAUUAUGGCAUUUACGAUUAGGGCACUCGUCCUUGAAAGUGAUGAAAUCUGGCAUGAAUAAUUUAUUGGUUAAAAUUAACAAGACGUGUGAUGUGUGUUUGAGGACUAAACAAACACGUGAUUUGUUUUCUAUUAGUACAACAAAAGUUGUUGAACCAUUUGAAUUAAUUCACUGUGACAUAUGGGGUCCAUAUCGACACCCAGCUACAUGUGGUGCACGCUAUUUUUUUAACUAUUGUUGACGAUUUUUCCCGAGCUGUGUGGGUGCACUUGA